AUGGAAAUAUUUAAAACGGAGAAUGGAGACAGCAUAAGUCCCAUCAUCUCGAUGAAUGAUAACUUCUUCCUUGAUAAAGCGAAUUCCAAGUCAACAACAACUAAUAAAAAUACAAAAAAAUUAGAAGUUGAAUCAACUGAUAAUAUUCCUGUUAUUGUGAAAUCAAAAGCAAGUGAUAAAUAUAUUCAUUUAGAUCCCAUUCCUGAUUUCAAAGAUAGAAAUGAAAUUAAACCAUGGUUGCAAAAGAUCUUUUAUCCACAAGGUGUAGAAUUAGUUAUUGAAAGAUCAGAUACUAUUAAGGUUGUAUUUAAAUGUAAAGCUGCAAAAAGAGGUAAAACUUCAAAAGGAGAUAAAGACACAGAACAAAAUUAUAUACCCAAAAAUGAUGAAGAUAUUAAAGAGAAACCUACUAAUGAUAUCAAAGAUGUAAAAAACACUGAACGAAAGAAGAAAAGAGUUGUUUCACGUUUUAAUACAUGUCCAUUCCGUAUAAGAGCCACUCUUUCUUCAAGGAGAAACAAGUGGGCUGUCGUUAUUAUCAAUAAUAAACAUUCACACAAUGUUGCAUUUAAUCCAGAGAGUAAAGAAUAUAAGAAAUUUAAAGAAGGUCUAAGGGAAGUUGAUGAUAUACAAGCCAUUAAAAAAUUCGACGAAUUAGAAUAUAGAUUCCAUGCAAAUCUGCCCAUUAUUCCGUCAUUAGUACCCUGCGACUGUGGUUUAACAAGUGAAGUUAAGUCAUUUGAAGUGAUAAUGCCAUCAAAUUGUGUGACAACAACCGUUUCUGGAGAAGGUGCAUUACAGUCGACACGCAAAAAUUUAGAUCCAAACAGCAUAAACAAUACGAUGUAUUGUCCAAACUAUCCCGUUAAUGUAAGUAAGCCUAAAAAGCUUAAAAAUAAAAAAUUGUCAUCUUUGAACUUAAGUCAAGAAACUAUUUUGAAAAAAUCAGCAUCUGCAAAAUUUCACGUUAAUUUACCACAUACCCAUAUCCAUACAAAUUCUGCUGAUGCAUUCUCAGGAACUAAUUCAAAUGCCGAUACUCCAUUUAUGGAGAGGAAUUCAAGCUUUGAUAGUUUGAUUUCAAAUGUUAUAAACAACAAAAAUUUAGAAACACAUACACAUUCGCAUAGUCACCCACAUAGUCAUCCAUAUGACGUAACUCAAAAUGCAUAUCCAAAUGAAUUUAUUUUACCAUCAACAUUUUUAGAAGGAUCCAGUGAUGUAGCUUUACAAACUGGAAUCAUGUCAAAUUUCACCAGUGAUUUAAACGAAAUUGAUUUCACUGGCAUAUUUAACAAAUCGAUACAUCAUAAACCAAACAAUGGAAAGAUGACAGAAUUAAACUCACCUUCACUAUCGUUUUCCCCAGAUACUUCACAAUAUUCAAUGUCAAAAAUUCAAGAACCAAUAAGUACAGAUCCUGCAUUGCUUAACGAACAAGAUCUCUUAAAUAAUACUUUUCUUGGUGGCCCAAUGAAUGAACUCAGUUCCAGUAUAACUACUUCAACUAGCAAUAUGAUUAAUAACUCCGAGCCGCCUGAACAUUUCAAUACAGACGGAAAUACUUUGAUGAUGAGUGAACUUCCAGUUAUAGAAAAUUAUGUGAAUACAAAUAAUAAUUUCUCAAAUGCAGUUCCUAAAAACUCCACUUCAAAAUCCUCUACAAACCGUGCUUCGAAAGCACAACAAGGAAAUACCUAUAGUCCAUUUAUAAAAACCGAGGAGGAACAGUUACGAUUAAUGAAUGAGAUUGAUAAAAUUAAUAAUUUAACAGCAACUACGUUCCAAUCUGACAAGCACGAACAGAGCAGUCCAGCAUUCAUUGAUUUUACCAACUGUUUUCCAGUUCAAAGCAAAAUGCGUAACAAGCUUAUUGCAAAAAAGGAGGAUGUUUCAGACAACUCCUUUGAACAAGAUGUAUUUAAUUUACAAAAUAGUCAAGGUCAUGAUAUUCCUGAAUAUAUUAAUUUUAUGUUACAAAAUGAGACAGACAUUUUCAAAAAGGAAGAUUCAUUACAGGGACAGGAAUUUAAUUUGCAUGAUAACGAUUUAGUAAUGUCUAUUAAUGAAGGCAAUUCAGUAAAGACAAAUGAUAAAAGCAAUUUACCUCUGUUUCAAACAAAUUGGGAUAACGAAUUUAAUAGUUAA